AUGGAUCCUGAAACAUCGUCAUAUAUUAAUAAAGCACAACUUGACUAUGACGAGGUUCAUACUUUUUUCAAUCCCCCUUGUAAACUCCAUUUACAACUCGGUGAAUUUAUUUCACCUAAUCCAAAUAAUGUUGAUUCUAUAAACAUCCGAAAAUCUCCAAACUCUUUUUUCCUAUACCGCAAAAAUUAUAUUGCAAAGCAUAAAUCUCCUAGAAAUCAAAAAGAUGGGAAAGCUCUUUCAAAGAGAGCCAGUGUUUCCUGGAAGAAUGAAUCGGACAAAGUAAAAGGUUACUUUAAAGUAUUGGCAAAAGUAGCUUUACAAAAACAUAAAAUAGCUUAUGAAAAUAGAAAAAAUCAUAUUUUUAUUCCUCAACAACCAGGGCCACAACAAAAACAAAUAGAUGAUAAUAAUAAUGAUUCUGUAGUUUCUUCAUCACACUAUCCGCAUUCUUUUGCUUUCCUUUCUACUUGUCAUUACACGAACGAUAAUACGACCUCGUCUUAUCAACAACUAGAACUGCAACAAAAUCAAAAAGAUAAUCUUCAUAAUAACGAUUGUGCAGUUUCAUCAUCAUCUAAUCAAUAUUAUUCUAUUUCUUCUUACACAAGUGAUAAUAUAACCUCAGAACUGCAAAAAGAUAACUUUCAUAAAAACAAUGACACCGAUUGUGCAUUUUCAUUAUCAUCUUGUCAAUAUUCUUCUAUUACUUCUUACAAAUGUUUUAAGACUCAACAAAAAAAUAAUCUUCAUCAAAAAAACAAUAACAAUUAUGCAGUUUCAUCAUCAUCUUAUCAAUGCUCCACUUUUUCUUGCACGACUUCAUCAUCAUCACCUCAUCCAUAUUCUUACACAAGUUAUAAUACAAGCUCAUCCCAUUUUAUGACUCAACUACAGCUACAACAAAAAGAUAAUUUUUAUAAAAACAAUAAUAGCGAUGAUACAGUUUCAUCACCUUCACCUUAUUCACAUUCUCCCUCUUACUCUUCAUCAUCUUCAUCAUCAUCACCUCAUCCAUAUUCUUACACAAGUUAUAAUACAAGCUCAUCCCAUUUUAUGACUCAACUACAGCUACAACAAAAAGAUAAUUUUUAUAAAAACAAUAAUAGCGAUGAUACAGUUUCAUCACCUUCACCUUAUUCACAUUCUCCCUCUUACUCUUCAUCAUGUUUUAUGGCCAAACAACUAGAACCACAACAAAAAUAUAACUUCUACUUUGUUCGAUUGUAA